AACUUACGACCGGUUGGGGGUCGCGGCAUUAAAAAGGUUGAGAACCACUGCUCUAAAAGGUUCACCAUCACUGAUAUAGGAUCUCCUGCUUAAGCAAGGGGUUGGCCUAGAAAACGUCCAAGUUCCCUUUUAAAUCUGUUAUUCUGUUUCCCAAAAUGUAUUUUGAAAAUCUUUCUCAGUUUAAUCAGAGCUAUGAGAUUCGGGCUUCAAAAAUCAGAAUUAGCUAACAACAACAAAAUCAGAAAAUGAACACUUUGAUGCCAUUUAGUCGUAUUUUGGCGGAUUUGAUAGUUCGUUAAAAUCUCAGCCUUUUAGCUGCUGAAUAGAAAGCUGCGGAGUGGAGGUGGUCAGGGGUAUGGAAAUAGAUAAGCUCGGUGUUAUUAUUUUGCUAUAAAAGAUCAGAUCCUUUUCGCACAACGCACUGACCCACGAACAUCUAAACGAUAUUUGCUAAAUUUACCCAAUCGCUUGGAUUUCGCCCAGUCCUUAUAAACGGGAUGCACUUAUCAGGAACGAGUAGGAAGUUAUAACAAAUCUAAAGCAUUUGGGGCGUGGGAGCCACGAAUAUGCUGACGGGAAUUCCGGUGGCUUGCUUGUUUCAAUCCACUUGGCAAAGGGAAGGAUUGGAUACGUGACGAGAAAGCGGCUGGUUUGUUUUUCCCGAGGGCUUCCAGGUUGCGCAACUAGCGAAUCUGCCGAAAGGUUUCUUCCCUACGUUCCAUCGCGGCUUUCAUCCCUCCCUGAUCUUCCUGUUGCCCGGAUGGUCACGGCCAGCGGGAGCGUUUUCCUAGGAACUACGGCAAGAAGCGAGGACCAAGUCCUUCCGGCUUCUUCUCAAGCCACUUUUCCAGUGCCCUCGCCCAGUCCCUUCCAUCCUGCUCCCAAGCACCGGAGGGGGGGCGAGGGGGCGGGGACGGAUGAGAAUUGGGGCCGAGUUGAGAGAGGCGGCCUGCUUUGGGGAGGGGGGGGCUGGGUGUAGCUUUGACCACCGGGAUGAUUUUGCCGCACCACCUUCGCAGUGGCGACCGUCGCAACUGAAAGCCAGGACUUCAUCUUCCUCUUCCUCCUCCUCAGCCGUUGCCAGGCGAAGUGAGAGGGCGGGUCCGAAGGGGAGGGAUCAGCCGAUGGACCAGCCGGGCCUGGAGCGGAGCCUGGAAGAGCUGCUUUUCGGAAAGGCCUCGCAAAAUGUGGGCGUAGCGGGGAGGCGAAGCAGCCCCUAGCCUUGCCGGGCCCAGGGCCCGUCGGAAGGUGUUGAGAGGGGAACGCCUGGAUAGGCUGAUGUCUCUGCCGCCGCUGCCCGGAGCCUGAGGCGGCGGCUCUUUCCUCCUCCUCCUCCUCCUCUUCUUCGCCUUCCCUCUCCGCCUCGCUCGGCCUCUCCCUCCUGCCUUGACCGACCAGUCGCUCAGCUCGCUUGCCUCACCCGCCGCCACCAUGUCGGCCAAGGUGCGGCUGAAGAAGCUGGAGCAGCUGCUCUUGGAUGGGCCCCGGCGCAACGAAAACGUCCUGAGCGUCGAGGGGCUGCUGGAUCUCCUGGUCGGGCUCUACACCGAGUGCAGCCGCGACUCGCCGCUUCGCAGGGACAGGCUCGUCUCCGACUUCCUCGAGUGGGCCAAGCCAUUUACACAGUUGGUGAAGGAAAUGCAACUUCAUCGAGAUGACUUUGAAAUCAUAAAAGUCAUUGGCAGAGGCGCAUUUGGUGAGGUCGCAGUUGUAAAACUGAAGUGCACAGAGCGCAUUUAUGCAAUGAAAAUCCUAAAUAAAUGGGAAAUGCUUAAAAGGGCAGAGACUGCUUGUUUCCGAGAAGAGAGAGAUGUUUUGGUGAAUGGAGACUGUCAGUGGAUUACAACAUUGCACUAUGCUUUUCAAGAUGAAAACUAUUUGUAUUUAGUAAUGGACUACUAUGUGGGUGGUGAUUUGUUGACAUUACUUAGCAAGUUUGAAGACAAGCUUCCGGAAGAUAUGGCCAGGUUCUACAUUGGUGAAAUGGUUCUUGCUAUUCAUUCCAUUCAUCAGCUGCAUUAUGUGCACAGGUAAGGUGUCUUAUUGUGGCAUAUAAAUACAGGUAGUCCUUGCCUUAUGACCACAAUUGAGCUCAAAAUUUCCAUUGCUAGGUGAGACAGUUGUUAA